UUCUAUAAAUGGAACAUGUCACUAGUAGAAGAAACCACGCAAAUUAUUGCAGAAGAAGCACUAGGUACCAUAAGCCAACAAAUCAUGUGUGACAGACCAAGAAGAUAUGUGGGAGCUCUCAGUUCUUCACAGGUCCUAACCAUUGUUGCCUUCUCCUAUCUUUCGAGCUUGGCAUACCCUGCUUCUUCUUCUUCAUCUAACACCGACUUCCAAACCCUCCUUUGCCUGAAGCUCCAUCUGUCCGACCCUGCCGGCCUCCUAGGCUCAUGGAAGCAGAACGAGUCCCUCCAUUUCUGCAGCUGGCCCGGCGUCACAUGCAGCAAAACGCACGCAUCUCGUGUCGUUGCGCUGGACCUCGAGUCAUCCGGCCUGAAUGGCCAAAUACCUGCCUGCAUCGCCAACCUCACUCUCCUCACAAGAAUCCACUUCCCGGGCAAUCAACUGAGCGGCCAGAUUCCACCGGAGCUUGGGCAGCUGAGUAGGUUGGGCUACCUUAACCUCAGCUCCAACAGUCUCAGUGGCUCGAUCCCACUGAACCUGAGCAGAUGUGCAGGUCUUCAGAAACUGGACCUGGGUUCCAACAUGCUCAGUGGAGGUAUCCCAGAAGGGCUUGGGAUGCUCCGCAAUCUUUCUGUUUUACUUCUCGCUGGUAACAGUCUGACGGGCAAAAUUCCUCUUUCACUUGGAAGCAGCUCUUCCCUUGUUUCUCUAGUCCUCGCAAACAAUAGCCUCACAGGACCUAUUCCGUCAGCCCUAGCUAACAGUUCAUCGCUUCAAGUAUUGGACUUGAGAAGGAACAACCUCGGUGGACAGAUUCCUCCUGCCCUGUUCAACAGCACAUCACUUCAAAAAUUGGUCCUUGGAUGGAACAACUUCUCUGGUUCCAUACCAGUUCUUUCAAAUGUCGACUCACCCUUGCAAUAUCUCGUAUUGUCGGUGAAUGGUCUUGCAGGCACCAUACCUUCAUCUUUGGGGAAUUUUUCUUCCCUUCGCUACCUCAUGCUUGGAGGUAACAAUUUUCAAGGCAGCAUCCCAGUGAGUAUAGGCAAAAUUCCGAACUUGCAAUUACUAGACAUGUCUUACAACAAUUUUUCAGGGACUGUCCCUGCCUCUCUAUACAAUAUUUCCUCACUCACAUACCUUACUUUAUCCAUCAACCGUUUGGAAGGGGGCAUUCCAUUUGACAUCGGAUAUACUCUUCCAAGCAUCCGAUCGUUGAUUUUGCAAGGAAAUUACUUUCAAGGCCAGAUCCCUCCUUCUCUGGCCAACGCAACCAAUCUUGAGUCCAUUAACAUAGGGGAUAAUGCAUUCCAUGGUAUUAUCCCUUCUUUUGGAUCCCUUUCUAACUUAAACGAACUAAUUUUGGCUAGUAAUCAGCUUGAAGCUGGAGACUGGUCUUUCCUCUCCUCGCUGACAAAUUGCACAAAAUUGGAGGUAUUGUCUUUGGGAACAAACAUAAUGCAAGGAAAUUUGCCGAGUUCAGUUGGGAGUCUUGCAAGAAGCCUAAAGGCUUUGGUUCUGCACGCAAAUAAGAUAUCCGGUACCAUACCACCAGAGAUAGGGAACCUCACAAACCUCGGGUUUCUUAGAAUGGAGCAGAAUAAUUUUGUCGGAGAUCUCCCUGGCUCAAUUGGAAAUCUUGCAAACUUGACUUUCCUAAACUUGUCGCGGAACAAACUUUCUGGACAAAUCCCACUUUCAAUUGGUAAACUCCGUCAAUUGAAUGAGCUCUAUUUGCAAGAAAAUAAUUUGAGUGGACCAAUUCCCAGUGCUCUAGGUGACUGCAAAAAUUUGAACAUUCUCAACCUUUCUUGUAACACCUUGAACGAGAGCAUACCAAAAGAGCUUUUUUCUCUUUACUCCCUAUCAUCAGGUCUGGAUUUGUCCCACAACCAGCUUUCUGGACAAAUUCCACAGGAGAUUGGUCGCUUGAUCAAUACUGGCCUUCUAAAUUUUUCCAACAACCAUCUUUCUGGACGAAUUCCAAGUACUCUAGGUGCCUGUGUCCACUUAGAGUCCCUUCACAUGGAAGGUAACUUUCUUGAUGGCAGAAUUCCUGAAUCGUUCAUCAAUUUGGGGGGUAUUGCUGAGAUUGACCUGUCACGAAACAACUUGAGUGGUGAAAUUCCAACGUUUUUUCAGUCCUUCAAUUCUUUGAAGCUUCUCAACUUGUCUUUCAACAACCUUGAGGGUCAAAUGCCAGCAGGGGGGAUAUUUCAAAAUUCGAGUGAGGUAUUUGUCCAAGGGAACAUUAUGUUAUGUUCUAGUACCCCAAUGUUACAACUGCCACUUUGCUUUGCAUCAUCCAAACACCGGCGCACUUCCCACAAUCUAAAGAUAGUUGGGAUUACUGUGGCUCUUGUUUUGGUCUCUUCCCUAUGUGUAGUAUUUAUUCUUUUGAAGAGGAGUAAGAGAUCCAAACCAUCAGAUCAUCCACAAUUAAAGGAGUUGAAGAACUUCUCGUAUGCUGAUUUAGUCAGAGCGACAAAUGGUUUCUCUUCAGACAACUUGGUUGGCUCAGGGGCAUAUGGAUCAGUCUAUAAGGGUGCACUUGAGUCUGAAGCACAUGCGGUUGCUAUAAAAGUUUUCAAGCUUGAUCAACUUGGAGCAACGAAAAGCUUCCUUGCCGAGUGUGAGGCCUUUAGAAACACUCGUCAUCGUAAUCUUGUAAGGGUGAUAUCUGCAUGCUCAACAUGCGAUCAUAAAGGGAAUGAUUUCAAGGCUCUUAUUGUUGAAUAUAUGGCUAACGGUACCCUAGAGAGCUGGCUUUAUUCGGAAAUGGAAGGACCGUUAAGUUUGGGCUCCAGAGCAACAAUAGCAGUGGACAUAGCUUCUGCAUUGGAUUAUUUACAUAACCAUUGCAUGCCCCCUAUAGUCCAUUGUGAUUUGAAGCCUAGCAAUGUCCUUCUAGAUGAUGUCAUGGGUGCACGUGUCAGUGACUUUGGGUUAGCUAAGUUUCUUCACACUUCGUCAAGCAUUACUAGUUCUACAAGCUUAGCAGGACCAAGAGGAUCAGUUGGAUACAUUGCACCAGAGUAUGGCUUUGGGAGCAAGAUCUCAACAGAGGGCGACGUCUAUAGUUAUGGAAUUAUCAUCCUAGAAAUGCUCACAGGGAAACGUCCAACAGAUGAGUUGUUUAAUCAUGGUUUGAGCCUUCACAAAUUUGUGGGAAAUGCAUUUCCCCACAAGAUUGCCGAGAUUCUUGAUCCUAACAUCAUUCAAAAUUCUGGAGACGAAGGCGUUAACAAUGAAUCAGACCAUGCAACUGUGGGAAUGCUGAGCUGCAUUUUGCAGCUUGUUAAGCUCGGUCUCUCAUGCUCUGUGGAGACACCAAAAGAUCGACCAAAAAUGCAGGAUGUUUAUGCUGAAGUCAAUGCAAUCAAACAAGCAUUUUUCAGCACUAAGCGUUGAGGAAUAGGACAAUUGUUUCUGUUCACAUGUUACGGGUGCAUUAUAGCCUAUGCUUAUCUUGCUUAAGUGACUGAAAGAUCUCUUCUUGAGAAGCCUUUGCUGUGGUUCUUCAAAAUUUAUGAUGCUAUGGUUCAUAUCCAUCCUAUGGUUUACGAUUAUGAUGCAGAAAGAUAGACAAGAAGAUGAAUCCAAAUCACAACACAAUAGGCAGAAGGCUAACUUCAAAUUUGUGAGAUAUGUACAUGAGCAGUUGUGAAUUUUCAAGCGGGACUGACCUGAACACACUAGGUCUACUGAUGCUGACACUGGCCCAGCAAUUUUCCGGAGAAAAUUCCCAGUGUGCCAUCGAAUACUAGCAAAAUCCUCAAUUUGCCUCCAUUUCUUGUGUGCCACUCCCAUGUAAUAUGUUUCAGUUGCAAAAGUAAUAUGGGGGAUCAUCGGUGAACAUAGAGCUUUGUUCAGUAAGCACUUGGUUUCUUCGGUAACUAAAGGUUUAAUUUUUCUCAGUAAACAGCAUGGUUCCCAGCGCAGCCGGGAUCCAAUUCCAAUCCCCUCCCCAGUCUCCAGCCAUGCCUCUGCUGUUUACUGAGAUGGGCUGCCUCCCUCACGUGGAUCCUCGCCAGGGCGCGCAGCCGACGAAGUCGCCAUGGGUCUGGUGGAGUCACGCCGCCAUUGCUCCAUGAGGCUCCAAUAGGGCUCCA